AUGCAGUAUAUGUUGCUGCUUACUGUAAAAUUAGAUAAAAAAUCUGAUGAUUUGUCCACUAGUUUGCAAGACAAAAUUAGAUUAGGAGAUAUGGCUAUAAUGUUAGGAGUUCCUUUGGAUAAUUACCCAAACAUCAUGAAUGAAGCAAUCACUUUUGUUGUAAAUAUAUAUAAUAAAUGUUUUCCAUCAACAAAUAAGUCAUUUGUAAUCAGCAGAGAAGAUGAAAAUAGUAUACCGGAUACCACUAAGAAAAUAAAAAUACUAUCUUGCCCAAGCAUAGAAUUAUUUAAGAAUUCAUUCUUUGAUAAAGGUGUACCGUUACUUCUUAAAGGCUGCAUAAAUCACUGGCCAGCGCUUGAGAAAUGGCGAGAUUUGAACUAUAUACAACAAAUUGCAAAUAACAGAACAGUGCCAAUAGAAUUAGGAUCAAAAUACACAGAUGAAUCGUGGAGUCAACAAUUAAUGACCUUACGUGAAUUUAUCACUGAACAUAUAUUCAAAGAUGCCCCAAACACAACCAAAGGAUAUCUAGCUCAGUAUAGACUGUUUGACCAAAUUCCAGAACUUCUUAACGAUAUACAUGUACCGGAUUAUUGUUGUGUUUCUGAUAUAGACUCACCACCUGAAAUUAAUGCCUGGUUUGGCCCUCAAGGCACUAUAUCACCUUUACACACUGACCCAAAGCAUAACUUUUUGGCACAAGUAGUUGGCGUUAAACAAGUUGUAUUAUUUUCACCUGACGAUAAUGAAUAUCUGUACCCACAUGAAGCUAAAAUGCUAAAUAAUACAUCACAAAUUGAUCUUGAUAAUUUAGAUCUAAACAGAUUUCCAUUAUUUAUGAAAGCUAAACGAAUGACAUGCACAUUGCGCUCUGGUGAUAUGUUAUAUAUUCCGCCUAAAUGGUGGCACCAUGUUACUUCAAGAACAAUUAGUUUUUCAGUAUCAUUUUGGUUUGAAUGAAAUAUUUAAUUGUUAUUAAUAUAAAAUUUUUGUAACAACACAUUUAUAAAGACAUCAUUAUA